UACAGAGACGUGUUUCAGGAAUAGUAACUAUUAUUAAUGUAGUCUUAUUAGUCAGAAUGAGAAUCAUCUCAGUGAUCCUCCUCUUCUCUUUCACAGCUGUUUCUCCACUAUCAGACCUAUUUUAUCCACAUGGCAAGGGAAAAGGAGACACUUUAAAUGUUCAGGAUGAUAUCCGCUCACCUGCUGUUACGUUACAGAGUCCAUUCUCUUUUUUUGGACACACAUACUCUCAGAUAUAUGUCUACAAGGAUGGAUUGCUAAAAUUGAGUCAGAAGCAGUUUGUUUCUGGUGGUGAUAUUUUCUUUAAUCCAUCCUUGACUUGCUUGGAUAACAGUAAAGGAGGUGUAAUCUCAUAUAAUCAGUACUCUGAGGGCAGUGUACUCUCACGGGCCACACAGGACAUAAACCAGUACUUUCCAGAAGUUACCUUCGCUGCCUCUUGGGUUUUUGUUGUAACAUGGGAUGGAGUGCCAUACUGUGGACACCCAGGCAAGGCAUCAUUUCAAGUGGUUUUCAUUUCCAGAGGGACUCUUUCCUUUAUGCUGAUAAAUUACAGUCCCACUAAUCCAACAAACCAGUAUGUCAAGGCUGGAUAUAACACCACCAAACACAGCUUUCAGAUUCUGAUGUCAGCCAGCAGCAUUUCAAAUCUAAUUAAAACAAGCAAUGUGAAUGUCCCUGGGCGCUGGGCCUUCUGGGUAAACCAAGGAAGUAUUACACCACUACCAGCGGUAGACGCAUGA